UGCUGCAGCAUCACCCCCUUAAGCCAGGAGACGCUAACCCGGGAUAGAAGCACCGAAAGGGAUUUGCGCCAGACCAGGGCUACAGCAGGGCCGCCCCGGUUCCCCUGCACGUGCAGACGGAUCCGCCCUGACUGUACUUUCAACUUCAUGUUUUAUUUUAUUUUAUUUUCCUAGCGAGAUAAACGGGCCGUUUGUUUUUAUUUUCCCCCCGUGUUUCAAUAAAAUGAUGCAAAGCGCAGCGCUCACCACAGAAGGCUCAGCCAAGGGGCUUCCAGAGAUUCUUGGCGUGCCAAUGCAACAGAUUCCCCAGUGCGCCGGCUGCAACCAGCACAUCCUGGGGCAUUGGCACAGCUCCUGCCUCAAGUGUGCCGACUGCCAGAUGCAGCUGGCGGACAGGUGCUUCUCCAGAGCCGGGAGCGUCUACUGCAAGGAAGACUUCUUCAAGCGUUUUGGUACGAAAUGCACGGCCUGUCAGCAGGGAAUCCCCCCCACCCAGGUGGUCCGGAAAGCCCAGGACUUUGUCUACCACCUGCACUGCUUCGCCUGUAUCAUCUGCAACCGCCAGCUGGCCACAGGCGACGAGUUCUACCUCAUGGAAGACGGGCGCCUGGUGUGCAAGGAGGACUACGAGACAGCCAAGCAGAACGAUGAUUCAGAAGCUGGAGCCAAGCGGCCACGCACCACCAUCACAGCCAAACAAUUGGAGACGUUAAAAAAUGCCUAUAAAAACUCGCCCAAACCCGCCAGGCACGUGCGGGAGCAGCUGUCCUCGGAGACAGGACUGGACAUGAGGGUGGUGCAGGUCUGGUUUCAAAACAGGAGGGCCAAAGAAAAACGGUUGAAGAAGGACGCCGGGCGGCACCGCUGGGGGCAGUUCUACAAGAGCGUGAAGAGGACCCGCGGGGGCAGCAAGCACGAGAAGGAGAGCUCGGCUGAGGACUGUGGGGUUAGUGACAGUGAGCUGAGCUUCCGAGAAGAUCAGCUCCUCUCGGAGCUUGGCCACGCCACAAGAAUUUACGGCAGCGUUGGGGAUGUUGCUAGUGGACAGUUAAUGAAUGGAAGCUUCUCCAUGGAUGGGACAGGACAAUCUUAUCAGGACCUGAGGGACGGAAGCCCCUAUGGAAUUCCUCAGUCUCCGUCUUCCAUAUCGUCCCUCCCUGCCCAUACUCCAUUGCUCAAUGGUCUGGAUUACACAAUGGACAAUAGUCUGGGAAUUAUAGCACAUGGCGGUCAGGGGGUGAGCCAGACGCUCCGAGCAAUGGCUGGGGGACCCACCUCUGAUAUUUCCACAGGAAGCAGUGUAGGCUAUCCGGACUUUCCAACAAGCCCCGCCUCCUGGCUCGAUGAAAUGGAUCAUCCUCCUUUUUAAGCAUCCUCUGCUCCCCAUCCCAUCCCAUUUGUUCUUUUGGCCUGAAAGCGUGCUCAAAAUAGCAAAAGAGGCAACACGCGACCUUCAAGAAGCCUAGACGUACUGCACCGAAAAGUCUCCAUGGUUUUCAAUGGGAAUCCACCCCUGGUUCCUGCAGUUUGCGAGGCGAUCGUGUGGAGGGUUUUUUUUCCUUUUCAUCGGGGGAACGGGAGGGUAGAAAACACCCUUCUGAACAUAGCCCGCUGGCCUACACGGUCUGAUUCGCGGUUUGCAGGCUCCAAGUAAAACACAGAUCCAUUGACUCACCCGAGGUCAACAACUCUCCGCUCCUGAGUGCUUCUGAAGCGCAUGUUGGCUGGCUCAGCAGAUCUCGGCCACUAUGAACCCCCAGUCUGUGGGCACUCCAUUACUUGGAGCUUACCGAAUUAUAAAUGCCUCCAAGACCCUUUCUCUCACCAGGAGUUGCCUAUGCACGCCCAGUUGAAUUGACCAUCCCUGCAGACAUGGAAAUACGCUUCCAAAGCCAUGCCUCCUGGACUGAGCACUACGCCUUUACUGUCAGGCCCCUGCCCUUGGUAAGGACAGAACCAAUAGCCACAACCCUGGGGGAGGAACAUUAUCAACGUUUUCCCUCCCCCCCCCCAGGACUAUUAAUGUCGCCUCUUUGGAUGAAAAGGUUCUUGCUGGGGGUCGAAUGGGGCUCAGGCAUGGAGCAGGAUUAGGUCAAAGCAGGUGAAAGUUACUCAGAGGCGGGGCCAGCACAGGGCAAUGUGCCACUUAGGUCAAGUGGUGCAAAGACUUUGUACAGGUGCCUCGGCCUCAGGGUGAGCGUCUACAGAGGGUGCCGAACCGGUUCACCCCUCCACAUUGUUCAGAAUCCGGUCUGUGCCGAACCGCACUCUGGAACCGGCCCCCUUAGCUGAUGCGAGUCUAAGCCCACCAGUCCCUGUCCACGCUGAGUGGUAACUCAGGUUUGACAUUACUCCUUGUAUUACAGUAAGCUGGGGGCUCGCUAGCGCUAGGAGCUGUACAGACUGCCCCUGUCUGAGAUGAGAGGGGAAAACAGAGAGGUGAAGGGACAUGCUAAUUUACUACCAGGGCCAGGAUCAGAAGGCAGGUCCCCUCACUUGCAGCCCUGCGGCCCAGUCUAUCACCCCGCUUCACUAACACAUUCCAACCCGAUCCAUUUCCCCAGGGCAGACAGGCCCGGAGUCAUUUCAUUCUUAGGGCCUUGAGUAAGCUCAGCUGGAAUCUGUCCCUGGGAGAUCAUUCAAGAUAGCCCCUGAUGGUCAUUUUCCACCCAGCUGGUGUAGAAGCAGAUACUCAUUUGCUUGGUAAAAGGCCACCCCACCAGACAGAGCCCUGCUGACUAGCCAGCAAGUCAAAUAGGGAGAAAAUGUAACAGAAAGACAAUCAAUAAAGCCAGAGGGGGGCGAGGUUGGCGAUGGGUCUCAGACCAACCAAAUCAGCUAGUGAGGGAUUCCUGUGGAGGAGCCUGCGGUACAAAAGAGCCUGCAAAAAGCCAUCUUCUGUUUGCAAGGCUGGGUUUCCGCGGGACUCCACGCUGCCAAGAAGGCUGCGCUACAGCCAGAAAUACCAUAGAACGGGUUGGUUUUGUGCAAGCCGCGGUGGGGCCGGGUCCCGUGGGAUUAUCAUCCUGCCUGCGCCAUUGACUGCUCGACACCGACUGUUUGGUGCAGAAACCUGGCUCAGCCUCCAGCCCCACAGGGGCGUUAGCGUCUCACCAGGAAGCGAGGCCGAGCGGCGGGGAGAGCCUCCGAGGCAGCUGGCUCUGCAGGCCUGACGCUGCAAGGGAGAAGCGAACCUCAGCAGGGAUGUGCACUUAGCGCCAGGCUCAUCCGGAAAUCGUGAUGCACCCUGGCGUCUCCUCCGCUCGGCUCUUGCAAACACACCCUCCUCUGCAGAAGCCACAGAGUUGCUGCUUCCCUCUAGGUGAGCUGCCCCAGCCCCACGACCGGCCCAGAGCUGCUCAGUCCUCCUCAAGCACCUGGUGUGGGGCUGGCCGGUCGGCGGGAAUCAUUGGCAGUCCUGAGGCAGGUCAAGAGGAAAGCUCUUUGUUGGCACAGCAGGGUUUAGUAUUAGACUGUAAGCUCUUCAGGGCAGGGGCCACCGUGUCUUCCUCUCCAUGUGUACAGCACCUGUGAACGGUGAAUUAUAACUCUUGGCGGCAGCUCCAGGGGCCUGCUACAUCUUCCCUCCUCCAGCCAUCGCACGUCCAGGCAUCUGCCUCAGACCGCAUCCCCGUCCACGUGGCCCUUGGCCCCUCAGCUUGGAAGCGCGCCCUGACCCGCUGUGCACCUUGCACAGGCAGCUCGGGGGGCAGGAGCAGGCCUUACAGGGAUUUCUCUCGCUCGCUGCCUGGGCUGUGCUCCCCUGGGGUCAGCUUGCGCUUGGCUGCCGGCAGAGUCUCUUGCCUGGAGCUGAGCCUCGGCCCGGGGGCGCCAGAUUGGGCCAAACACUGUGUGUUCACAGGGGCCUUAGGAACAUUGCGCUGACCGUGGAGCAGGAGGGGCCUUAUCCGGCACCACAUUCCUUUGUGCUGCGAGAGCAGCUGGAUCGGCCCAGCUUCGGCUUCGGCUUCCCGGGCACGGAGGGGUUUUCAGUGGAUGCAGACCUGGCAUUCCGGGCGCACGGCUGGAGCAUUCGGCGCCCCACGCAGGGCUGCUGCUUGGAGCAAGGAUACAGCAGACCUCCAGAUCCGCCCGAGGGCUCAAGGCUGUGACCAGCUGGCUAAUGGCGCUUGCCCAUCCCACCUCCCCCGCUGCAGCUCUGAUGCCUGGCCACUCAGCACAGCCCAGACAGGAGACAGAGGGCCGCUAGAAGAGGGUGGGUAUGUGAGCACCCUCCCCCUCCCCCCACACUAAUACUUUCCUCUGGCUCCCCCAGCAUUCAGGUGCUCGGACCCCCCCCCACGUCACACUGAGAAAGCAGGGCUAAGAGACGCAGGACCUACCCCAGCUCCCUCUGGAGUCAACAGAAAGUUGCUUAUUGGCUUCAAUGGAAGUUGAAUGGGUUGGGCAGCUGAAUGGGAAUCAAAUUUAGGCCUCAGCUCUGCAUUAGACUCACAUGCUCUUGCUGGGGCUUCCAGGGCAGAGCUGGGGCAUCAAAAGCCAGUGCUACAAACCCCACCCGCCUCCCACCAGCGAGCGUCACAACCCAAGUGGGCUUUCCCUGCCGCGGCUGGACCCGUGGGCCGACGGGAGCUGGUGACGCCGUAGGAGGCCCCCCCGCGCUCGCCCAGCGCAGCUGCUCCAAGCAGGGAUCAAGCGUUCUUAGCCAGGAACCAGCAGGUAGACAGGCCCUAAUGCCCAAGAUGUUCCGAUCUGGCCAGUUAGCCGGUACCAUUUUCAAUGUGAAUUUUCAGAACGUGUCCCUAUUUAAAACAGUGUCCACAUCUCUCUUAAGGCACCGGGAGGAGGGGAGGCAGGAUACACUCGUCAGUCACUGUCCUGUCUUACAAUUCGGUUUGGGGAGAAAGGUCUGGGGAGGGGGUUUGGGUGCAGGAGAGGUUUCUGGCCAGGGGGAGAGAUGCA